AUCUGCUUCAUGCUUUCAAGAAACUCUGUUCGCAUUUUAUUAAUGCUUUGGAAAAAGGAUUAGCCAAGGAAGAACGAUAGAAAAUGAAGAAGAAAGAAAAGAAAAGAAAAACAAAGGCUCGACAGAUACGCCGACUCACAGUGUCAAGGUUGCUUUCGAUCUGAGGUAAAGCUAAGGUGUCAGCUUCAAAGUGGUGCAGUGGUGUAAGGCUGACUCACUGCUGGUUUAUUAGGGCUUCCAGAACAUAGCGGCCGUCGUCUUGCGGCUCUUGCGGGUCUCCAAAUUCUUCAUCGUAGCUAGGUCUGUACUUCUUGUCAGUCUAACUUCGUUUGCGUGGUCCGUGUGAUUGACGUGGCAAGGCGAGCAAAACGAAGGAUUACGUCAAACAGUGUGGAAGAAGGCAAGUAUAGAUGGGAUGAGAACAAGUACAGUGACAUUCAAGAGAAUAAAGGCGGAACGAAUGGAAAAAGAGAGAGAGAAAGUAAAAAAGGUCAAAGAGAGAGGGAAAGAGGGAAGGGGGAAGGGAUGGGGGGAAGACAGAAAUAGGACAAACUCUUCAUCAUGGUAAACCAUCUCGUCAUCUUGCUCGUCCUCGGGAGUAGCGACAAGCUGAGGCUGCCGAUCAUACAUACGAUCACGAACUGGCAUCAUUCGACUUUGCCGAAUGUUAUCGACCGGCAGCCGAUAGCUCCCCAGUGAACUAAAUUGGACAUCCUGAAGCGCCUUACGAGCAGCCCGUUUAGGCCUGCACCGGGUGGCCCUCCUAGCAAUACGCUGAGCCGCCUGCGGUGCUAGCACUGGACGGUGCGACUGGAUAUAGGCUUGCGAUGGUCUGGGCUGUGAAGACUCCAUAGAAAGAGAAUUAGAUAGAAUAGAUCAAGGCACUUGUAUAAAAAAGAAUGACAGAAGGAGUAGAGAUAGAUGGGGAAAGCAAGAGCUGGCCGGUAAGGAGACUGGUCGAGUGACUGAGGGACUGUGCCAGAGCUUACCGUGCAGGUGCAGCGAUGAAUGUAUCAGCGUCCAGUUCUUCCCUUCAACGCAGCUUUAUAUGUAGGGAAUGGCUGUUACCGACAGUCUGGUUCAGCGCAGGCAGCUGCAGCCCUCCUGUUGGGCGGCCGACGAGUCGAGUAAGUACCCAGCCAUCGUGGGAGGAAGAUACCGUAACCUUUCACAAACAUUGUGUACCUUCCGAAAGUCCUCAGCAACAUGCCCCUUUUGGACUUUGAUCGUUUUUGUUGAAGCCAUCCAAAAAUCGACAAUAUACAGUCGCGAUGCACCCGUCCGUUUUCUACGCUUGCCUACUGUCCUACAAGUUAGCACCGUUUGGCACCGUCCAGACUUUGGCGUCAUUUCGCAGGUGCUACUAAAGCGUCCUUUCUAGACCUAGGUACUCGCUCUCUCUCUC